AUGGCCGAGGAGGAAGGGCAAGAGGUCAUCUUCACUGAAAACACUGCGCCAGACAGAGAGAUUUGGGAUGAGAAGGGUGGCUUGAUCAAGAAAGGUGCCGCUGAAAUUGCUGAACGUGAUCAAGAUCAUGUGCCAGAGGUGAAGGUUUUGACGACGCUAGGCAUGUUCGCGGUGCCCGUGACAGCUGAGACCACCGUCGGAGAGAUCCGCCAAAAAGUACAGGAAUGGAAGCCGGAGUACUCCUUGGAGCAGAUCGAGUUGGUUUGCAAAGACAAAGAUGCCUGGGGCCCUCUUUUCAACAAGACUUCUCGCCCCAGGGACGACGAUGAGACGGUUGAGUCCCUGUGGAGUGACUGGGACAUUCCCCGUCGUAUGAUGCAGGUGGCGCUUUGGAUCAAAGAGAAGAACGAGGAGACGGGCGAGCACGGCCCUCAAGUACCAGUGGGUGUUCAGCCGUUGUACUCCGUUGCCUUCUGCAGGGUAAAGUCGGGUUGGGCGGAGCGCAUCGACGCGAACGCAGAACGAUGCGAGACGGCAGAAGAACAGUCGGCAUUGGUAGAGGCCAAAGGCAAAAAGAAGAUAAAAGAAGCACAUCCUGCUUGGAAGACAUGCAUGGAGCCAGACAGAGAGAUUUGGGAUGAGAAGGGUGGCUUGAUCAAGAAAGGUGCCGCUGAAAUUGCUGAACGUGAUCAAGAUCAUGUGCCAGAGGUGAAGGUUUUGACGACGCUAGGCAUGUUCGCGGUGCCCGUGACAGCUGAGACCACCGUUGGAGAGAUCCGCCAAAAAGUACAGGAAUGGAAACCGGAGUACUCCUUGGAGCAGAUCGAGUUGGUCUGCAAAGACAAAGAUGCCUGGGGCCCUCUUUUCAACAAGACUUCUCGCCCCAGGGACGACGAUGAGACGGUCGAAUCACUGUGGAGUGACUGGGACAUUCCCCGUCGUAUGAUGCAGGUUGCUCUUUGGAUCAAAGAGAAAAACGAGGAGACGGGUGAGUGGGAGAGUACCUUUUGGAAGAUGCUUGAGGAGAGCAAAUGUGAUGAUUGGAGCUUUCAAGGUCACACCAUUUGA